UGCGCGGCCCAAACUGGCUCACUCACUUUGUAGUGCGGUAGUGUGCGGUUUUAGACGUAACCUCUGAUUUCCGCCGUAGUCCCGCCUUGGCUCGCGUGAGGAAACGGGACUAUUUGCGGAAUAUAAAAGAUGAUCAAACUCCGGCUUGCGUUAUGCAACAGUCAGUCUUUGUUGACUGCCAUCGCGUGACGCGCGCGCCAACUUUAUGGCACGGUUUGGUACAUAAAUCCCCGGUGUCAGCGCGUGCCCGUGCUCAGCGCGUGCCCUGCCGUGUGUCGUGUUGGGCUUCGCUUCGUGUCCCGAGCUCCGGUGUAUGUGUGCGCGCGCGGCUCAGUCUCUCUCUACUCGUUUGUUGUGCCGGUUUCCGCGAGCGUGCGUGCGACACCGCCAUGGCCGGAGACGGUACCGAUCAGCGCGCGCUGCAGUACGAGCAAACUUUGAUGUAUGGACGCUACACACAGGACCUGGGUGUGUAUGCGAAAGAAGAAGCAGCACGUCUAAGGGAGGAGGCGGCAUUCAGACGGCUGGUGACUGAGAGAAGCCGAUCGCUCGAACUCCUUGAGUACGACAAGAGCCGCUGUGCCAAGUGCAGGAUCUGUACAGUUCACUGUCAGAAGUUCCUGAUCUCGCGUGUGGGAGAGGAUUGGAUCUUCCUCAUCCUGCUCGGACUCGUCAUGGCCCUCGUCAGCUUUGUCAUGGACUUCUGCAUCGCCAUCUGCCUACAAGCUCAGAAGUGGAUGUAUGGAGGUUUGGACAGUAACAUGGUCCUGCAGUACUUGGCGUGGAUCACUUACCCUGUAGUUCUCAUCAGCUUCUCCGCUGGCUUCACACACAUCGUAGCACCACAGGCUGCCGGUUCUGGUAUCCCUGAGAUGAAGACCAUCCUGAGGGGUGUGGUGUUAAAAGAGUACCUCACCCUCAAAACCUUUGUAGCCAAAGUUGUUGGCCUAACAUGUGCAUUGGGCAGUGGGCUGCCUCUGGGCAAGGAGGGUCCAUUUGUGCACGUUGCGAGUCUGUGUGCAACACUACUUUGCAAGUUCAUGUCACUCUUCGGAGGAAUUUACGAGAACGAAUCACGGAACACAGAAAUGUUGGCCGCUGCAUGUGCUGUAGGUGUAGGUUGCUGCUUUGCUGCUCCCAUUGGAGGUGUGCUCUUCAGCAUUGAGGUCACCUCCACGUUCUUUGCUGUGAGGAACUACUGGCGUGGGUUCUUCGCUGCUACCUUCAGUGCCUUCAUCUUCAGAGUGCUGGCUGUGUGGAACCGAGAUGAAGAGACCAUAACUGCUCUCUUCAAGACUCGUUUCCGCCUUGACUUUCCCUUUGACCUUCAGGAACUUCCGGCCUUUGCUGUUAUUGGGAUAGCGAGCGGUUUUGGCGGUGCCCUGUUCGUUUACUUGAACAGACUCAUCGUCCAGUUCAUUAGGAAGCAGAAGGUGAUCAACAAGUUCCUCAUGAAGAAGCGUCUUCUAUAUCCUGCCCUUGUCACCCUCCUGAUCUCCACGUUGACCUUUCCUCCUGGAUUUGGACAGUUCAUGGCAGGCCAGCUGACCCAGAAGGAGACUCUGGUGACAUUGCUGGACAACCGCACAUGGGCGAAACAGGGCAUCGCUGAGGAGUUUGAGUACGAUGGCCAUGCUGCUGCUUGGAAACAUCCACAGGCCAAUGUCUUCAUCACACUUGUCAUCUUCAUUGUGAUGAAGUUUUGGAUGUCCGCUUUGGCUACCACUAUCCCGGUACCCUGUGGUGCUUUUAUGCCAGUGUUUGUGAUUGGUGCUGCUUUCGGCCGGUUGGUGGGUGAGAGCAUGGCUGCUUGGUUUCCUGAAGGGAUUCACUCAGACGGUGUUGUGUAUUCAAUUGUACCAGGAGGGUAUGCUGUAGUGGGUGCAGCAGCCUUAUCUGGAGCUGUAACACACACUGUGUCCACAGCAGUGAUCGUGUUUGAGUUGACGGGACAGAUCAGUCACAUUCUGCCUAUAAUGAUCGCUGUUAUAUUAGCCAACGCCGUGGCCCAGAGCCUCCAGCCAUCAAUUUAUGACUCCAUCAUACGCAUCAAAAAGCUACCAUACCUCCCAGAGCUUGGCUGGGGCCAUCAUGAGAAAUAUAACAUUCGUGUGGAGGACAUCAUGGUGAGAGACGUGAGGUUCGUCACACUGAACUGCACUUACAGAGACCUGCAUGAUGUCCUACUGACGGAGCGACUCAAAACGCUUGCGCUGGUCGAGUCUUCAGAGUCGAUGAUCUUAUUGGGCUCGAUUGAGCGUGCUCAGUUACAGGUGCUGCUAUCCAAUCAGCUCAGCCGGUCACGGAGACUCGAGUACCUCCACCAACGCUCUCAGAACGAAAAGAAACACUCAGGGACACACAGUAGUGAGGAGAGUAUUCACAAGGUCAGCCAGGAAGUCCGGUUCCAGAUCUCUACAGAGGAAUCUUCGUUCCCUCCUCCUCGCUCUGUCUCACCAAAACCACUGAAACCCGCACUGAAGAGAACAUCAACGGUGGAGAGAGGCUCACAGAUACCGUCAAGUCAGGACACUGGCAUUGCCUUAAAGAGUCUCUUCUGUGCCCACCCAGACACGGAGACAGCAGAGGAGGAUGACAUGGAGGACGACAUGACCAUAAGAGAGAUUGCUGAGUGGGAGGAGCAACAACUUGACGAACAGGUCAACUUCAACAACUGUAAGAUUGACCCCGCCCCCUUUCAGCUGGUGGAGCGCACCUCACUGCACAAGACGCACACCAUUUUCUCACUGUUGGGUUUAGACCACGCUUACGUCACCAGCAUCGGACGCCUCAUAGGGGUUGUCUCUCUCCGAGAGCUGCGUAAGGCUAUUGAGGGUUCGGUGACUGUGAAGGGCGUGAAGGUACGCCCCCCAUUGGCCAGCUUCAGGGACAGUGGCACCAGCAGCAGUGACGCUGAAGUCACAGAGCUCCACAAACUCUGGAACCGCCACACCAACAUAGCUCUGCCGAGGGACCACCAGCCCUCUGAUUCGGAUGAGAAAUCCCAGUGAAUAAAAAUCAAAGGGAGCAAACAAAAGAUGAGGGAUGAUGGAGUUGGAUAAGACUUUUAAUUAAUUUCUGAUCUUUUUUUUUUUUCUAUGAACCUGAAGAGCUGCACACUUCUGGGUUUUCCUGGAAAGUUCUGUAUUCGGGUUGCUGGUGAAUGCUUGGCAAAAUGGACUUGAGCUCCUUAUCUUCCACAAUCCCACCUCUUCUGCACUGAUUUUCAUUUUGUGGGUUCAAAAAGGGGCUUACUAACAAUUUCAGACAAAAAUAUGUUUGCUUUUCCACAGCUUCAGUUCUUCUCUUGUUCUUCCUUUUGUCUUUGAUCUUCCAGAUUUUUUUCUUUUUUUACAGUCUUCCUUUCGUAUGCGUCCUGAUGCUAGUUAGAGAUGCAAAGUGGUAUUUUGUGAUGUUUGAUAUUUACGCCAUUUUUAACGAGCUCGUUUAAAUUUCAUGACCAUAUGUGCACCUUUUUUUCUGGUUUCUUUGUAAACUAAAAGCUCAACACUCCAUUUGCUGUAUAAAUUAUUCUUAAAUGCUGAUUAACAUCCGUAAUUAUCGGUUGUCUGUCUUGUACACUAACCACUUGUUUGAGUUUUAAUUCCAAUACAGUUAAUGGAAACUGAUAUAAUUCUUGUUAACCAUGAUGCACUUUGCUGUUUAAAAAAAAGCGCUCUUUUAGAGAGUUGGUUUUGGUGAUUGUUCCAAAAUUCACCAACACUACAAUCAACAAAGUUCAAAUGAGUGCUAUUAUCUGUAAGGGUAUUCAAUGCUACACUGAUUUUAUUUUGUCUGUUUCUAUUUAUUUAUAAAAUUAUUCUAGCUUGGAAUCAUUUGAAAAUGCUAAAAAUAUUCAGCCGAACUUCAUAAUCCUUUUUCAUCAAAUGAAUUUAACACUCCAGUCUAUUGUACAUGUCCUGGUUUGGAACACAGAUGGAACUAAUAGAACCUUCUGUUGGGUCUGAAGAUCCUAAGAUUCCAGUUUCCAGAUAUGUUCCUCAAGGAACUUGUCUGUUACUUCCUGCUGAUUAUUCCUCAUUUAAGUUUUCUAGCAUCUCCUAGGACCUUCUGAGAGCUUGUAAUCUCAAAGAACCAGCACAUUCCUCCAUAUUUUUAAUUUGUUUGCCAGAGCAGAACCUGGACAUUCCAUUCCAGUUAAACACCCUAGCAUCAUGCUGAGUAGUUGCCUUAUUAAAUGUUUGUGGUAUCUUUAGGAUCUAAGGCUCUAGAUUCUCAAGGAAUGUAUACAUGCAGAAACUAGUCAUGCAUAUCCCAUAUCCUGCAUAAUAUUUUCCUUAUGGAGCUGGUGUACAGUCUCAACAAUCGGAUGGGACCUUCUAUGCAUUUAGUCUAGAUCAAACAACCUAAAAUUUCAAAUGUCCAAUAUGUUCCUUCAGCAGAACUUGGUUAUUCUCAUUCUAGGUCAAACACUCCUAUUAGGUGUUAGCAGGAAAUACUAAUAUGUAUGAGAAGUUCGUUCUGAAGGAUAAAAGAUUCUAGAUUCUCAAUUUGUUCCUCAGAUAACCAUUCUACAGUUGGGUCUCCUCAUCCAAAAAAGGAACUAGGCUUCCAAAUCUCUGUCUGUUCCUUGAGGAACUGGCCCACAUUUUUGGCUCCAACAUUCCUAUUUACUCUUGAAUCUGCAGCAUCUUAUAAGAUGGGCUGUAUCUUAUAAUGGGGUGCCUGUGGUUCUCGUAUUCCAGUGUAUUUCUUGAAGAACAUCAUAUCCAUGUUUUGCUUUUGAUUCUUCUAAUUAUAAGUGCUGUUCAGACUUUGAUUCGCCUUGGGUAUCCCUGACGCUGGACCAGCUUAUAUUACAACUGAAUCUGGGCCUCAUUCCUGGAGAUCUUGUACUCCGUGAAGUUCCUUCACUGUCUGUUCUAAUAUUCAGACACUCCUGAUAAGUCUUAAGUAGCUGGAUAACCUAAUAUCAGACUCUGAUGGUGAGGGACCUUCAGGAUCUCCUGGUUUAGGUAUCUGUGAUCUGGUAGUGCUUUUCCACUGGACAGUGCAGCCCAGGUCUACGAGUUAAUCACAGUCCUAAAUUGGGUUCCCUUUUCUGUUCAUAUACCCUGCGAGCCAAGAGCAGGAAAUGUGGGUGGGGCUAGAAAUGGUACAGAGCACUGAUUGGCUAAAGACCAUCAUUAAAUUAAUGCUUGAGAUUUGUAUUUAAUUAUUUCCCUGCAGUAAUAAUUUGUCACUGAUGUUUUUGCACAAUUUCUACAUUUUAUUCCUGUGUCCUGUGGAAAAUCUGCUCUCUGUUCACUAUGCAUGCUCCCUACAAUCAGGUACAACAUACUGGUUCUAUAUAUCCUAUUUGGUGCACUACAUUCACAAUAGAAUGCCUUUUGCGAUUCUUCAAGGGAAAAUGAACUAUACUUUUAUUUUUCACAAGUUUGCAGUGUCUCUUUUUUGCAGAGAUUAAAGUAUUGGCACCCCCUUCGUCUUCAUUUGGACUUUGUCAUUAAAAUAAAUUAGCUGGGUUUCAGUUGCUUUAUAGGGGUUUUGCAUCAAAGAAAAUUGACCCAUAUUGCUGGUAGCUUUUUACAAAUAGUCUCCUCCCCAACAACCUCCACCAAAACUCCUCCUACUUUCACAUUUACAGAAAACCACAUACUGUAUUAGACCAGAUCAUGUUUAUUCUCAGGUUUGGAUCAGGAACCAAGCCAUGUUGUACCAUCUGAUGGAAAAUUGUCAAUUAUUGGGAUGUGAAAAAAAAUUCGACCAAGUACAAGUAUGAAUACAUUUUUUUGGUACUGAUCAGUACCAAAAUGAGUAACCUAGUAUUAGUUAAUCAGGUAUCAUGUCAUGUUUUAUUUAGUUCUGUUUGUUUCCUUGAUUUAUACAUGCGUCUGCGUACAUACCCUACUAGACUCCUUCUUUACAACAUUAGCUAGUAGAUUAGCUAGCUACAUUGGUUAGUUUGGAUCAUGUAGGGUUGCAUUUCAGGUCAUCUGUUCAACAAUGUACACUAGGAUUGGGUCCAUGUGGUAUCAGAUGUUUGCAUCAGAGCAUUUUUCUAAGUACAAGCACUAUGAACAUGAGCGAUAUCAGUACAGUUCUUGAUGAAUCUCUCGUCGUUGGCUAUCCAAAUUGAGGACAGGAUUCUAAUGAACAGCAUCUAACUGCAUGCCUUAAUAUAAGUCUGAGUUUCACAGUAAAUGUCUUUUUGCAUGUUGAAAAGUUUGUAAAAUCAGUGAUGGCAAAUCUUCGCAAAUUUAAAGUUUUUUUGAAAUGCACAUUUCUAAACAAGUCUUCUUGAACAAAAAUCAGAAAUGGACGCACUCUUUUCUUAUUUGUCAUUGUGGAUUUUUUUUCAUGUUAUUCAGCACUUAAUAUAUUGUUUUGUUUUUUUGUAUUGUAUUUGGGUUUGUGUGUUUUUUGUUUUUUAAAUCAAUUAUGCUGAUUUAAAUUUUGAUUCUUGAUCAUGACAACUGUACAUUCUCCCUUUGACCAGUACAGUUGAGUGUGGGUGGGGCUUUCUCCUUUGUGUGUGGGGUUUUUCCCUUUGUGUGUGUGGGUUUUUUUUUUUUUUAAUGGAGCACCUUAUAGCUAUGAUUUAAGAUUUUAUAAUAUUAGGUUUACAGAUUUUAAUAUAUUUUCCUCCUAUCAAUACUGGAAUGAUCAUGUAUUAAUGAAAGGUCUGAUCAAACUUUUGUUUUUGUUUAUGACUCCAGUCCUGACAGGGAAACAUGUAUACAAGUGGUGUCCUUGGUAGCAUUGUAGUGAAAUCUUGAGCAAAUGUUAAAUUGUGUCUGACAAAGUGCCUAAAACAUGUCUAAUGUGAUUUUUAUUAAGUGUUUAUGCAGACAAUGUAUAGAGUGUUAUACACCCUGAUUCACGCACAGGGCGUUGAUGGAUAAUUUUGUUAUUUUAUUUUUACACUCAUUACUCAUACUUUAUUUCUUAUCUUUUAUCGACCUAAUAACAAAAUGUUAUUAAAAAAUACUGAGGUAGCCAUGGCCUAAUGGUUAGAGAAACAGCUUUGGGACCAAAAGGGUUCUGGUUCGAUUCCUUAGACCAGCAGGACUGGCUUAAGUGCCCUUGAGCAAGGCACCUAACCCCCAACGGCUCCGGCAAGAGUGGUGGCGUACCUUGUGUCUGAUUAGCCAAUGAAAAACUGAUGUGAUUUAUCAGUUCGGGCAUUGAACCUGACCAACAACAACUGAUUAAAAAAAUUUGUGAUCAGACGUUUAUUUAUUUCUUGUCUUUUGUUUUAAUCUUGCUUGUUUGAAAUCACAAGUACAUAUAUUUAUUAACAGUUGCCUUAAGAGAAACAGCUUUGGGAAGAGUAAUAGAAAUGUUAUAUUUUGUUGUUAAUUUUGUAAUCUUAAAAUUAAUGACUGUGCAAUAACGGCUGUUUUGUUUUUAAGAGUGGGUGUAACCAAUUGUGCAUUGAUGUGGGGGGCAUUUUAUUUUUGUAAAGAACUGAUGCUACGGUACGUACUGAGGCUCUGUUUGAGUGUUGAGGGAAUUCUGGAUCGGAAAAACCUCUGGCACUAAAAGAAAAUGCGCGCGCGCACACAGAUGUGUCCUAUUCUUCAGAGAACAAAAGGAUUGUUUUAUAUCAGGGAUGAAUAAAGAGAAUUUAACAGAA